UCUGGAAUCAGUAUGGAAAGAGCCCUGUGGGAAGCAGAAACACCUGGAAGCAAAGCAAAAUGUUGACUUUUGGUAUUUUUAUGGGGAUAUAAAGUUAGUCCCAGGAAGCAGCAAGUUUCUUUGGAGAGCUUUUCUCCAUCGUAAUCUAUUUUCUUUGGAAAAAAACUCAUGGAUUUUUGGGGUUGGAAAAAGAAUUUUGAUUCCACCAGGCUCAUAAAUUUUGUCCUGUGCUGGUGGGAGGGAAUGUGGGAGGGUCGUGCUGAUUCCCCCCUGAGCAUCCAGUCAGGCUUCCUCCAUCCAAAACUUGCCCUAGAAAAUAGGAAAAUGAGCAUUAAAAUCCAAGGAAUGUGUUGUAUAUAUUUACAAAGCCAAAAAUUCCUGCAAAGAAAAGGUUGGAAAGCUCCACCGCCCGGCUCUGCUGCUUCCCUGCAUCUGCUUCAAAGCUUCACCUCCUCUGGAAUCCGCUUCCAAAACAAAUCCUGACAUCCUACCUUGGGCUUCUGCCAUCCCCAGCUGGCCCUGGGUUUAUUUAGGAAGGGGGAAAGCGCUUUUUCCAUGGAUCACCCGCUCGGAAAGUGGGGUUUGGGGGGCUGAGGGCAGUCACGGCUGUUCUGGCUGCAAAGCUGGAACUUGAGGAAUGCUGUAGGAAUCUGGAAAGGCAGAUUUGGGAGGAAAUCCACCGUGUAGGGUGGUUUUGGCUGGGAAUGUGAGCCGUGGAUAAUGGUGGAGGAUACCCCUGGCUGCCUAAAGGCUAAAGAGGGGAUCCCAGAAUUUCCACGGGGGCUCAAGUGUUCUUUCCUGGGGCUGGAACGAGAUCCCUGGAAUUGUUAGGAUUGGACUGUUGAGAGGGAUGAGGCACCAGCAGGAAUUAAAGGCUCUGAGGCAUCAGGAAUGUGAUGAAGAGGCUGAAUCUCAUCCAUGUCCAUGUUUUUCCUGGAAAGCCGUGCCGCCAGAUGCAGCCCUUUACAAGGCCAAGUGCAUGCUUCCAUCAGGGAUGCAGGAUGGAGGAAGGCCAUGGGUGGGAUGGAGACAUGAGUUGCUGCUCUUUGCUCUCCAGGGAGCAAAGGGCAGCGGGAGAGUGUCCCUGCCUGGCUGGAACCUCCUGGGGAUUUCGGGCAGCAAAGGGACCACAGCAAGGAGGAAGAGGAGGAGGAAGGCACCUGGGAAUUCCUUCAGCUUCCUGGGCUCUUUCCCAGGCCAUGGCGGCCACCACAGUGACCGACGCUGGCAGCGUGAGGAUCAUCACGGAGGUGAUCCCGGCCACGGAUCCCCGGGCAGCCCAGCUGGCCUCAGGCUCCCAGGCACCUGUCAGGACCUCAUUCCAAACACAAGGUUUCCGGAGGGCUCAUCCCAAGGUGUUGGGGACCAUCCACAUCUUCACUGGAAUUGUCCACAUCUGCUUUGGGAUCAUCCUGACACUGUCGGAGCACGGGAACCCUUCCCUCCCUGUGGCCAGCGGGAUCCUCUUCUGGCUGGGGAUCCUGCUCCUGGUCUCAGGCUCGUUGCUGGUGGAAAGUGAAAGGAGAGACAGCCCCGUGCUGGUCAAGGCCUGCUGUGUGGUCAGUGUGGGCGUUGUCCUGGGUACGCUGGCGGCCACCGGGAUCCACGGCACGGCCAUCACCCGGAUCAUGCCCGGCUGCGGGAAGCCCGAGCCCUUCCAGACCCGCCCGGAAUGGUGCUUCCAUAUGGAGAGCAAGAUGCUGAGCAACGGCCUGGAUUCCGUCUUGGUGCUGCUCGGCCUCCUGGAAUUCUGCGUGGCCGUGGCGGUUCUGGCGUUUGGAUACGACGCGGUCGGGCAGCACGCAUACACCCAGCUGGUGAGGGAGGCGGGAAUCCCUGGACAUCCCGGGAAUGCUGAUCCACCCCUUUCUCCCUCCGAAGGGCCGCCCGUGCGCCCCUCCCGGAGAUUUCCCUGGAUUUCCCUGUUUUUGCUUUCCCAGGCGCUGUAG